AAGUCAGUACAGGCUCUCAGUUUACCACAGCAUCAGUAGCCGCACGUCGGGUCCAGCACCCGGCCGUGACGAGCUGGAUAAAUAAUUUCGAUAAUGUCAUCACCUAGAGAAUCAAGUGCGUGAUCAAUUGUAUCGAUUGAAUAAAAUUCAAAUUGCCGGGAAAAAAACUUGCCCCGAAAAAGUGCGGUAAUUAAAUAGUGGACUUAUUUAAUGUGGAAGAUAAAGCUGAGAGGAUGGCAGCUUGUCACCCCAGACCUCCACCGCAGUCACUUCAGCAUCUCCAGCUCCAGGAAAAUCCACAGAGUCAUCACCAGAACUCAAUGCCACAGACUAUUCACUCUAAUUAUCCCCCACAUCUGCUUAAUUGGGUUUAUCUCGCUAUUACCGAUCAAAAUCCACCUCCACACAGCGAUCAGAGUAAACUAUUGCCAACGGUGUGGGGUAAUUUUCCAACGGCAAACACCCAUCACCAGUCAUACCUGCAAAAAGGCCCACUGUCUCCUGGAUCGGUACCAAUUGGUGGGAGUUUAGUGGAGAGCAUUGGAGAUCUCGCUGAGCACUUUAAUGAGCUCGGGCUGUUGGAUCGCAAGCCAACCAAGAGACCACCGUCGACAUAUUUGUGUCACUUGUGCUUCAAGAAAGGCCACUACAUCAGAGAUUGCCCUCAGGCGCGACCCAAGGGCGAGGGGUUGACCCCUUAUCAGGGGAAAAAGCGUUGUUUCGGGGAGUACAAGUGCUCGAAAUGCAAACGCAAGUGGAUGUCGGGGAACAGUUGGGCCAACAUGGGCCAGGAGUGCAUCAAGUGUCAUAUCAACGUUUAUCCUCACAAGCAGGUGAGUCUGGGGCCAUCGGCAUCAGUAUCAACAUCCCCGUCUCACUUGUUCAACUCCUCCUUGCGUUACAGGCCUUUAGAGAAACCCGAUGGAUUAGAUGUCUCUGAUCAAAGUAAAGUUCAUCCCCAGCAUCUUUGCGAAAAAUGCAAGACGCUGGGCUAUUACUGCAGGCGUGUGCAAUGAGGAAUUCAAUUAAACGAGUGCUGCCAAAAAAAAAAAUUCUUGGCAGAAAUGACGAGCACUUUUUCGAUGACAACGACCAGAACCGAAUAAAUCGAGACCUCGACCUGUUCAAGUAACGAUAACCGCAUGGUGGAAAGGUUCUCCAUCAUUUCGAAAUGCGAGAAUCACCAACUUCUCACGUUUGUUGCUCCAAAUGGUUUUUCUAUUUAAAGCACUCGUCUAUGUUUAGAGAAAACGUGGCAAACGCUGAGACCGGUACGUCUGCAAGUGCUAUUUGAGUACAUUAACAUCGAGGGAGUUCAGAUAUUAAAUUAAAUCCACUAAUUGUGCCUUAAUUACCUGCUCAUGUGGAAUUCACUCUUGCAGAUUUACCACUAAAUCUCAACCGCAUGUUUGAGGGAGAGAUUAUUAUUUGUAAAUUACGCGUUGCGUUUGCGAUUUAAUAUUUUUUUUCCCUGGAUUUUUCCACUGGAUCGAUGAAUGAGUGUCAAUUACAGAUUUGAGAAGCUAAAGCAAAAACAACUUCUACAAUAGCGAGACUAAAAUUUUUCGAAAGGAUUGCCUUUCGAAUUUUUUGUUUAGAGAAUUGAUACCAGACUGAACCACCAAAGAGCAAUAUUUACAUUUUAAAAGGAUCAGCUGUAGUUCAGGUUUACGGGCAUAUUUUCUGUGUAUAAAAAGGUCGUGCCCCUAGGUAUAUAUAUGUAUUGUCAUUCACAUAAUUUGUAUAAAUUUCGCAUCAGAAUUUGCAGGAGAUGAAGUCAAGUGAGACUAACGAAAAGAAUUGGUAAAUGUCCACAGGCCCCACUAGCUUCGAUUUUUUAAACUUUUUGUUGACAUGUUCUUUGGGAAGGAUUCUUAAUCAAUAUUUAUCGAAUCCCUGUGCUUAUUUUAUUACUUAAUUUCAUGGAAUUAACCGAAAUUUCAUAAAUUAUCGGUGGUAGGGGUUUGUAGACAUUUACUGAAGAAUUAACCGCGUGCCAUUCAACCAAGAUAUAUUCAAAGACGAAAGGAACAAAUUACUGAAUAUUUUGUUGUAUUAUAUAUUAUAUAUAUAUAUUUAUGUGCCGAAUAUACAACUCAGAGGAAACA